AUUUUAUUUUAGGUUGGAGAAAUAAACAAAAGGUUUUGGGUACCCUUUUUUCAACAUAAACAAAUUCAGUACUCAUUCAUUGAUUCAACAAAAGAGAAGAAACCCUUAGAUUGAGAAAGAAGAAAAGAAGUAAUGGAGUGCGUUUUCGGAUUAGUCGGUAAUGGUUUUGCUAUCGUUGUCGCUGAUACAUCUGCUGUUCAUAGCAUCCUCGUACACAAGUCCAAUGAAGACAAGAUCAUGUUCCUCGAUUCACACAAACUCAUCGCUGCUAGUGGUGAACCCGGUGACAGGGUUCAAUUUACUGAAUACAUUCAAAAGAACGUUGCUUUGUAUCAAUUCCGUAAUGGGAUCCCUCUAACCACCGCUGCCGCUGCUAAUUUUACUCGCGGCGAGCUCGCCACUGCUCUUCGCAAGAACCCAUACUCUGUGAACAUCCUUCUUGCUGGUUAUGACAAAGAGACAGGCCCAUCACUAUAUUACAUUGAUUACAUUGCAACACUUCACAAGCUUGAAAAAGGAGCUUUUGGAUAUGGUUCUUAUUUUUCUCUAUCAAUGAUGGACAGACACUUCCAUAGUGGAAUGUCCGUGGAAGAAGCAAUUGAUCUCGUUGAUAAAUGCAUUUUGGAAAUCAGAUCAAGGUUGGUUGUGGCACCACCAAAUUUUGUUAUCAAAAUUGUUGACAAGGAUGGUGCAAGAGAGUACGCAUGGCGUGAAUCAGUCAAGGACACUCCUGCUUCAGCUUGAGUUAAUCUUGUUCCUUAUCUUGAUCAAACUAUUUUACUUUCGCCUGUGCUUUAAUAUUUCAACAUUUUGUUUUCACUUUAUCUUGGUGGUUUUGAGAUAUAUUCGAAAACCGCGGUCUCUAAUGGUCGAAAGUAAGACAAUUUGUUGUUUGAAUUAAUAUGUAUGACUAGUUCUACUCAUAUUUAUGACAAUGCAUGAGAUAGGCUUAGAUUUUAAUA